AUGAUCGGAUUCCUAAGACUACUGGUCCUAUUAUUUGCUGUUUCAAAAUGUAGUGCCCAAAUGCAUAAUUCUCCUGAAGAGCAAGGAAAUGUGAAAACCAACCUUUUUUUAAUUUUUGGCAACACUACAACCCCGUCCCCAACAGAAGUUCCACAAAGUGGAGUCGAUGGUCCAAAUUGCGAGUGUGUGCCCCAUAACAAAUGUGAUCCGCCAUCGGGAAGAAUAACUGAGGACGGUUCGCUCCAUAUUUUGGGAUCGCAGAAUAUACGGUGUGGGUAUAUGGAACUAUGUUGUCCGCACCAUAGGUUGCGUACAAAGGCUUUGAAUCCCAGGCCAAAGCCAAAUCGAGGCUGUGGAAUUCGCAAUGUUGGUGGCUUGGACUCGGACAUCAAGUAUGAUAACACACAGUAUGAAUCCGAUAUUGGUGAAUUUCCCUGGACAGUGGCUAUACUACAGUCUGAAAACUAUUCCUUUACGGGCACACUUAUUCAUCCCCGGGUGGUUUUGACUUCUGCGCUCCAGAUUCAAGAUGGGAAAACCUACACGGUUCGUGCUGGAGAAUGGGACCUUAAAUCCACUAAUGAACGUCUACCGACUCAAGAGAUAGAGGUGAAAAGAGUUAUAAAGCAUCCCCAAUUUAGUGAGAGCAAGUUUCAAUACGACGUGGCAAUUUUGAUCCUCGAGCAAUCGUUCUCACUGAACGAUCAUAUCAAUGUGAUAUGUCUACCUGACCAAGAAGCGGAAAGAAGCUCCCGCACUUCAGAGUGCUAUGCCAAUGGAUGGCCUAAGGAUUCCAUUGGUAACUUGGACGAAUAUGAUGUCCUAAUGAGACGGGAGCCAUAUCAUAUUAUAGAGUUAAACGAGUGUCAUAAUCGACUUCGAAACCUAAAUAUUUUAUAUUUAGGUGAAUUUUACCUGAGCCCUUCCAUCAUUUGCGCCGAAAAACAGACAACCGUCGGUUUCCACAUAGGCUAUGGCGGCGGACCACUGGCCUGCCCGUUUGGAGAUCGCUACCAGCUUAGUGGCAUUGUAUCUUUCGGAAUCAGAUACAAAAACUAUACGGUCUUCGUCAACGUGACCUCAGUGCGAAAUUGGAUUGACUGGGAAAUGGCUGAAAAUAGUUUCGAUAAAUCCUACUAUACCUCCUGA